AUGUUACACGACAGCGAUUGUCAAGGAUUAUCAAAUGGAACGCAGCAAAAUAGUGUGGUUCAACCAUUACUCACAGAAUCCUUUCCGAGGAGAAUUUACUAUUUUUGCUGGCCUGGGAGAGUGUUUAAAGUUCAUGCAAAAGUUUAAAUACUCUGAAAGUGAUAUUGAAUAUUUGAAAACAACGAUGUCUUCAUCGAUAGAACCAGAAUUCUUUGAAUAUUUAAAAGGCCUAACACCUAAAGACGUAACUCUUUAUGCGAUAGAAGAAGGCUCCGCUGUAUUCCCAAGAGUUCCAUUGAUUCGAGUAGAAGGUCCACUGAUAAUGGUCCAAUUGCUGGAGACAACACUCCUCACGCUGGUAAAUUACGCAAGUCUGAUGGCAACAAAUGCUGCACGAUAUCGUAUGGCAGCUGGCAAUAAUGUCUCGCUUCUCGAAUUCGGAUUAAGAAGAGCUCAAGGUCCUGACGGCGGGCUUAGCGCCUCCAAGUACAACGAAUUAAAAUUACGAUGUCUUCUGCACAAAGAAACCGGCGAAGAGUUUGAUUUAUUAAAACUAUCAUGCAAGUAUCGACAGCAAAUAGCGUCCGACUUAGGGGCUCUUGUUAUGGAGGCUUCAGACAGCGAACUAGCAGCGCUAGUUAGUUUCGCAAUAGCAUUUCCGGACGGCUUCAUGGCACUUGUGGACACUUAUGAUGUAAAAAGCAUUAAAUCAUCGUUCGAGAGGCAGUCACGUGUAAACAACGAAAAUAAUAAAUACAAAGAUGACGAUAAUAAUAUUAAUAGCCGUAAUGAUUCUACAAUAAAUAACGAAUCACACAAGAAUGGUUAUAGUACUCCUCCUAAUCAACAAGAGACAUCACAAUGUCUUACAAAAACACCAACUUACAGCCAUGACUUAUUUAAACCAGGCGAAUUGGGAGAACUAUGUGUGAGAAGUGGAUUAUUAAAUUUUUGUGCAGUGGCAUUGGCACUGUCAGACCUCGGCUACCGCGCAGUAGGUAUCAGAAUCGACAGCGGAGAUCUCGCGUACCUAAGUCAAGCGGCUCGUGAUACAUUUGUCAAGUUGUCUGAGCGCUUUAAUAUACCUUGGUUCGCCAAGAUGACAAUCGUCGCGUCGAACGACAUCAACGAGGAGACAAUAAUGAGCUUGAAUGAGCAAAACCACCAGAUCGACUGCUUCGGAGUGGGAACACACUUGGUGACUUGCCAGAGGCAACCUGCUUUAGGUUGUGUGUACAAAAUGGUAGAGAUAAACAACCACCCGAGAAUAAAGCUGAGCCAGGAGGUCGACAAAAUAACGAUACCUGGGCGAAAAAACGCUUACAGACUGUACGGAGCUGACUCACAUGCUCUGAUAGACUUACUUCAACGCUGCGAUGAACCUGCUCCUCAAGUCGGGACUCGGGUGCUCUGCAGACAUCCUUUCCAAGAGUCCAAACGCGCUUAUGUUAUUCCGACGCGCGUUGAAACUCUGCACAAGGUCUACUGGAAAGACGGAAAAAUUGUCAACCCCUUACCGGUGCUUCAAGAUAUUAGGAAUAGACGCUCAAUUAUUUUGGAAGCCCGAUUUGGAGCGGUCAAACUCCAGCCGGUACUCCAAUCCAUUUUUGAGGCUUCUCUGGCAUCACAGUUUAAUUAUUAUCCGGCUGUUGGUUACCUGGACCACUAUUAUCCUCGUAAUUGCGGGGUGAUUGGACCACGAGGCAGGUUAUGUCAGCUGGAUUGGCAGGUACUGUGCCAGAUCAGGUUAGUUUGUCGUCCAGGACAACCAAGUGAUCAUGGCGGGGACGAGUCAAAUUUCGAUUCAUGGCGAGGAGGUAACAACACGCAGCACCACUCAAACUACCCAACAAUCGGUACCGGUGAGCCUUAUCCUUACUACACCAAUACGUCAUUUCAAUAUCAAACAUUUGGAGCAGGCGAUGGUACCUGGUCUAAUGGGACAGAUCCAGUUGCCUUUUUGUCAGGUUACGGCGGUCAAAUAAGCCACGAUGCCUACGGCGGUGGAAUGGACCAGAUGUUUUCCACGGCAACCGGAGCAGGAGCAGGAGGGUUCAGCGGUUUCGGGGCCCAGCCAGCGUUCAACUACUUCCCAGCCGGGAACGGGGACUUCAACGCCUGGGGGACGCCCAGGAAGGCCCGCUACGAGGAGUACUACCCCCAGCCCAGAGGCAACGACAACUACACCGAGAUGAAAAUAGAGCAGGGCGUCGCCGGUCUGUCCCUAGGAUCCGGCGAGCAGCUCCGCCACGAAAUGUCUUCCCAGAGCAAGACCGAGCCGAAGGAGCAGCGGAAAAUAACCUGGGCGAGUGUCGCCAGCCAGCCUGCAAAGCCAGUUCCGCCAGUGUCCACCAGCCAGGUGAUGAAGAAGAAAGCCGGCAUGCCCCCACCCCCUAUCGUUCCUGGGAAACACAAUAUGGACAUUGGGACCUGGGGAGAGGGCAACACUGAGCACGGGAAUAAAAGACUUGAUCAGGCGUUCAAAGAGGCUAACAGAGAUGGAGCACCGUUGUAUUUAUUUUUCUCGGUGAAUGGCUCAGGACACUUUUGCGGCAUGGCACAAAUGGUCUCUUCUGUGGAUUACCACAGCAACAGCUCGGUCUGGUCGCAGGACAAGUGGAAAGGCCAGUUUCGCGUGCGCUGGAUAUAUGUUAAAGAUGUCCCCAAUACUCAGCUGCGUCAUAUCAGAUUGGAGAACAACGAAAACAAGCCGGUGACUAAUUCACGGGAUGCACAAGAGGUCCCCCAUGCCAAGGGGGUACAUGUACUCAGGAUUUUGCACACGUAUCGGCACACUACGAGUAUUUUUGAUGACUUUGGUCACUACGAGAGGCGACAGGCUGAAGAAGAUCAGCGCAAGGGGCCACCCCCUGAUAAAUAUUGA